CAGUGCUGCGCGUCAGUCACCUAACUAGAUUGUUCCAUCAGACGGAAUUACCCGCAUCACUCAAUGAAAUACAAUUAUUGAUUACACCGGCCCUCCCUCUCCCCAACCACCACCUCUGUUUUUCGCUCUCUGCUUUCCCUGAAGUGCUGCAGCGAGAGAGGACCGCAUCGAAAAAGAAAGAGAGAGGGAGAGAGAGAGGGAAAAAAAAGAAAAACAGUCGUGCGCCGGCAGUUUCCUCUGAUCCUAUUCUACAGUAAAAAGCCCACAAGAUUUUUUUUCCUUCUUCUUUUUUCUUUUUCCCGAGAGCAAAAGCAGAGUCCGGUGCAAUGGCUCACAAUCAGCUCGGUCCAAUUUUCUCGCCAUAAAUGACGACUGGUCCAUGAUUGCCACAGCCAUUGUGGUUAAUCUCCUGUGGUGACUGCAGACUCAAGAGUUUCCUUCCCACAUCCCAAGACCCACUGAUCUCACCAUUCCUCUAACUCGCCUUUACAUUUGCCCCUUUUCCCCUCUCUUCCCUCUUUCUUCUACUUCUUGCCACCAUCAGCACCCCUGCAAAGGCCUACUUUUGGAGCCAAAAUGGAGGACACUUACAAUAAUAGGACUUCCCUAGUUAAGGGGGCCAAGGACAUUGUCAAGGAGGCCAAAAAGCACGCAACAAAGAAAGUCAACAAGGCGGUAGACCGUGCUACAGAUGAGUACUCUUCUCACCGCAACUACACUCGAUUCCAGGACGAGGUGGAUGAAGAUGAGGAUUUCUACCAGAACCCGCCGAGGCAGGACGGCGAGAGCUACCCCGACAAUGAGGAGGGCUCAAGUGAUGCUACAGAGGGCCACGACGACGAGGACGAGAUCUAUGAGGGCGAGUACCAGGGCAUCCCCUCAUCCGCAGGAGACAAGAAGCAGGGCCAGGUGGCACUGGGGAAGCCGAUGUCUGAUGGCACAAAGGACCGUGGCGAGCUGGAACAGGAGAGGCAGGCGGAUGAGGAGGAGCUGGCCCAGCAAUAUGAGCUGAUCAUCCAGGAGUGUGGCCACGGCAGGUUCCAGUGGCAGCUGUUCCUGGUGCUCGGGCUGGCACUCAUGUCGGAUGGGGUGGAGGUGUUUGUGGUGGGCUUUGUGCUGCCCAGUGCAGAGACAGACAUGUGUGUGCCCAACUCCAGCUCGGGAUGGCUAGGCAGUGUUGUGUACUUGGGAAUGAUGGUCGGAGCGUUCUUCUGGGGAGGAAUGUCUGACAAAGUGGGCCGUAGACAAUGCCUCCUCAUCUGCAUGUCCACGAAUGGCUUCUUUGCCUUCCUGUCAUCUUUCGUCCAGGGAUAUGGCUUCUUCCUCGUUUGCCGUCUCGUCGCGGGUUUCGGGAUAGGAGGUGCUGUGCCCAUCGUCUUUUCCUUCUUUGCCGAGGUGCUGUCCAGGGAGAAAAGAGGAGAGCACCUCAGCUGGCUGUGUAUGUUCUGGAUGAUUGGUGAGAUCUAUGCAUCUGCUAUGGCAUGGGCCAUCAUACCACACUAUGGUUGGAGCUUCAGCAUGGGUUCAGCAUACCAGUUUCACAGUUGGAGGGUGUUUGUCGUCGUCUGCGCCCUACCCUGUGUGUGCGCUGUGGUGGCACUUACCUUUAUGCCUGAAAGUCCCAGGUUUUACCUCGAGGUGGGGAAGCAUGAUGAAGCCUGGAUGAUCCUUAAACAGAUUCACGACACCAACAUGAGAGCGCGUGGGCAACCUGAGAAAGUCUUCACUGUAAACAGGAUCAAAACUCCACGGCAGUUGGAUGAAUUUGUUGAAAUGGAAUCAGAAUCUGGCAACCCAGUUUCCAAGGCUUUCUUCAGGAUAAAGGCUGAAGUUCGUGGGAUCUAUCUGAACCUUAUGAAGUGUUUCAACUACCCAAUGCGAGAAAACAUGUUGCGACUGGCCAUAGUGUGGUUCACGCUGUCAUUCGGAUAUUAUGGCCUGUCAGUCUGGUUCCCUGAUGUCAUCAAACACCUGCAGGCUGAUGAGUAUGCCUCUAAAGUGAAGAUCCAUAACAAUGAACGCAUCGAAGGCAUCACCUUCAACUUCACCCUGGAGAACCAGAUACACAAAAAUAUUCUCUUCAUUAACGACCACUUUGUCAAUAUGAAGCUGAAGUCUGUCACCUUCAUUGACUCCACCUUUCGUAACUGCUACUUUGAUGAUGUGACAUCAGUGGGCUCCUUCUUCAGGAACUGUACCUUCAUUGACACGUUCUUCUUUAACACAGAUAUCGAUGAAUCUAAAUUAAUUGAUGGCACAGAGGUGAUCAACAGUACAUUUACCCACAACAAGACAGGGUGCCAGAUGACUUUUGAUGAUGACUACAGCGCCUACUGGGUUUACUUCAUCAACUUUCUGGGGACCCUGGCUGUUCUUCCUGGCAACAUCGUGUCUGCUCUCCUUAUGGAUAAAAUUGGGCGUCUCUCUAUGUUAGGUGGCUCCAUGAUCCUAUCAGGCAUCAGCUGUUUUUUCCUGUGGUUCGGCACCAGUGAAUCCAUGAUGAUUUUCAUGUUGUGCCUUUAUAAUGGCCUCAGCAUCUCUGCCUGGAACUCCCUGGAUGUUGUCACCACCGAGUCCUUCCCUACUGUCAGGAGGGGAACAGGCUUUGGGUUCUGUAAUGCUCUGUGUAAGCUGGCAGCAGUUCUAGGGAACCUGAUUUUUGGCUCUCUUGUUGGCAUUACCAAGGCCAUUCCUAUCCUCAUGGCGUCAUCAGUGCUUGUUGGGGGGGGCCUGGUUGGACUACGGCUGCCUGACACUCGGGCGAAUGUCCUCAUGUAACACUAGUGUAGCAGUGCUCACCUGGGCUAAAAUCUGGAUGUGAGAGUCCUAGAGAAACCCCGGUAUGCGUUUUGAGGAAGCAGUGCAGCUGGCUUGGUUUUUUAUACAUAUCUUAACACACAUCUCAAAGCUCGCUGAUGUAUAAAUGGUGAAGCAAAACCGCAAACACACCUUUUCACAAUGUGUCUGAUGCAAACCUUGUGAGGUGAUAAGUUCAACAUUUUGUGAAUCAUUCACCUACAGAGUUCUCGUUAGAGUUUGGUUUGUUGAGGUUGCACCUUCUAGCUGCAGUCAUUGCUUAUGUGGUAAAACUGCACGGUUAAAAUCUGAAGGCUUUUAAUAUUGAUACAGUCUUAUUAAGCCAAUCCAGAUGGAUAGAAAAGUGCAAAAACAAGCUGUAAUGAGCACAGCCAACCUGCUGUGUGACAACGCAGGGACUAGAUGAUCAGACAGUUCAUACUCGUGACACAGCUGUAUGACAGCUGGCUUGCCCACAGAACCAACUAUCAGUACACAGACCAUGUGUGCCGAUAGUCAUCAUACAGAAAUAAAUAUAAAGAAAAACAUGCAGCAGGUACCUCAUUUGCAAAGGUGAGAUACAUAUAUCUAAUUAUUUUCACUCGCUUGCAUCUAACAUCAGUCUGCUGUAUUUAGAUCAGUGUCAUAUUUGCUCCUAUAUCAGCAACCUUCACAAAGAAGCCCAUUUACAUCAGAGACCAAGCCCUUUGCACUACUUACCCAACCAAGAAUCAAAAAGGCCAUAUAGAAACACUUUUCCUGUAUCAAUAAUUGUAUGUCACGUUGAAUAUGAACAUGGAAAUUUUUAUUUUCUGCUGUGUGUUUGUGAAAGCCAAAAACAAUGAUUUGUUCCUUUUGUCCAAAUCUCUAUGUGGUAUUAUUAUUAUUAGUAGUAUUAUUUAAAAAAAGCUCUAAGAGGAGCUAUCCUUCUGAUUUAGCUUUGUGUUGGAUCCUGCUUGUGGCAGUAACAUGUCAUGCUGCUUCCUUUCAAAAAUACUGAAUGGCCUUUUUUAAUGUGCCUCUCCUUGACUGGAGCAGAUGCCCGUAGUCAUGUGCUGUCCAAAGGUUUUAAGGAACAGACAGAAACUGAACAGGCAUUAGAUUAAAAAAAAAAGAAUAAGU